AUGACCCUCAUCUCCCCAUCCAUACUGAAGAAGUACAGCAUCCCCUUCGACAGGGUAGGUAGCAUGACACAGUUGAGGGGUUAGGGGUUGAAACUGGGGGCUGGAAAAGGCCUGUGCCCGAAUUCAUAAAGUAUGUCAGAACAGGAGUGUUGAUUUAGGAUCAGUUGCCUUUAAGAUUAUAAUGAAUGGACAUGGGGGGACCUGAUCCUAGAUCAACACUCUACUCUGCGACUCUUGAUACAUACAGCCCCUGGGCUCUAAAGUUUGAAAGCAACAGAAUGUUCCGUCAGGGUUAAUUGUUACAUCAUGUGACCACAUCCAUUUGAUUGAUGUCAUACAAUCAUGUAUGACAUUUAACCAAUAACACCUCUCAAUUUGACCAUCUAUAUUUGACGUAUAUUCCGGUAAUGCAAUAUAACUCAUUUCAUCACAUAACCACUUUAACCUGUUAACAGCUCUCAGAAAGGAGACACUCAACCACUGAAGGCAGUUUUAGUAAUAACCCCUCUGAAUGGAACCCGCUGCUGAACCACAAUUGCAAUUCUUCAACCUGAAAGAGGACAUGGUAGCCUUGUUCAGCAUAUGUCUGUGUCCCAAAUGGCUGCCUAUUUAGUGCCUUACUUUUGACCAGGGCCCAUAGGGCUCAGGUCAAAAGUAGUGCACUAUUUUGGAAAUAGGGUGCCAUUUGGGACACACCCCUAUGACUAGCUGACUCUAGCACUGACCGCAGAUAAAAAUGUAUGGGGUGUAUGAAAGCCUGCCAUCGCUGAGUAAAGUGGAGGUUAACGGCACAUUAGAUGAGGAUGGCUGGGUCAGGAGGCAUGCUGAAGUUGGUGUCGGUGUGUGGGUGGUCUCCAGUCAACCUAUGGGACGAAUGACAGGGAAAUUGCAGAAGAGCAGUGAAUGAAUGGACGGAGGACGUAGAAGUGAAGACGCUAACAUGUAGGCUUGCACACACGUGCUCAUGUAACGGGGGUCAGUGUGCUGCUAACAGCUUAGCUUCUUCCACUGUCCGACUGCCCCACACUGGGCUCGAACCAGUGAUCCUUUGCUUUGUAAUACACGUUACCGCCCUCCUUAACAACAUUCCAACGGGUUGAGCCACCCAAAAGGUACCAAUUGGAUGGCUCAAUCUGCGACAUUUCAAGAUAGCUGUGGAAUGAGCUUACGGUAUGUUUUUAACUCUGUUACUCACACAAAUAGGCCUAUGCAGUACACACACUCACACACACGCACACACACAGUAUUGAUAGGUUGAAAAUGAGAUUGAUGACGUCUUUAUACAAAGACCAUAGCUUCACUUCACACUAAAUUAUGAUGGGGAUUGAGCCAUGAGUCUUGGUUACAUUUAAAUGUCCAUCUUUUCACAUUCCGCAAUAAAUGAAUCACUAUGUAAAUGUUUUCUAUGGAUAAUAAAUGUAGGAGAUAGAAACUCUCAUGGUGCGAAAAAAUUAAAUAAAUAAAAAAAUAGAAAAUGUGUAACACAGUUCUCCACUGUCUGCAGAGUUCAGCUUUUUCCCCAAGUUGUAUUUUUUUUCUUCCUUUUUUUCUCUUUCCUUUUUGCCGUUUUCCUUCGGGGUGUCGUUAUCACAGGGACCGUGUUACCUGACACACACCGAGAGCGUCUCCCUUGAUUUGAGUGUAAAAAUAACUCCGGCUUUGUGCUUUGCUGCAGCUACAAGAGGAGCAAAAACAGCCUUUGAUAUUGGGACUACUCUGUUUUACCUCCCACUCUCUCUCUUCCAUCGCGCAGCCUGCCUGUCUCCCAUCUCUACACUUCCUUUAGUCUGACUUCAUGUGCCUCUCUCCUCUAUCAUGAGUGCUAGUCCUAACUAGUCAAUGGUUAAAGCUAAAAUAAUACGCGUUCCUCUUAGAGAGGAGAGAUGAGAUGAAUGAAUGAAGAGGCGCUUACGAGCAAGGGUCCAAAACUUCUAGCAUAUUUGAAGUUCAGCUGUAGAAAACUCAUUUUGAGUGCAAAAAGUAAUAUAUCUCUGGCAGGGAUUGCCAAUGACCCUGAAUUAAUAGCAGUAAACAUAGAAAACCAGUAGUGUCGAAAUAAAAACCUCCAAAUCAUUUGUCAGGCUUCAUUUCGAAGAGAUGACCGGUGAGCUGUGUCUUCUUCAGCCUCUCCGGCUCUCAGUAAAUGAUGGCCCCGCCUCAGAACGAAGCGCAACCAAAUGCACAUUUUCAUUUGCGCGGGCUGGCUAAUUCCCUGCGCCACGCUCGCUGGCUUCAGUCUAAUUGCUCUUGUGCAGCCGCAAAUGGUUCUCUAGGAGCCGUAGCCGCUAGGCAGCUCAAGUGAGGGAGGGAGGAAGAGAGGAAGAGAAGGGUGGGUUGAAAAAGCAAAUCCACCUUCCCAUCAGUGCUUAAUGAUUGUGCAUAUUAAGAACGAGCCCCUGUGUUUAUGUUCCCCAUGGCUGGGUUGCAGGGCUUGCAAAGACCCUGUUUUUGCCAAGUCCAUCCAUCCGAAUGGAGUUUAAUUUCCUUAAUCAUUUUAGCAGAUUGUUCCUAAUCUCCGCCCAUCAAAACCUGGGUUAAUAACACUGUUUUCUUAUGCGAUAUCGAUAUGAAGUUUUAUGAGUUUGCAUACUUGACCAUUAAGGCUCAGUCAGUUAAUGUUGUGUUUUUGUGUUGACUUAACUUUUUAUGCAAAUAUUUACAGUAUUCUGGGUCAAUCAUCCAAACGUGAAACAGAAUGUUCAGAUUUGGAUUAAUGUGGAAGUAACACUAGAUUAUACGACUGCAUCCUGUUGAUUGAUUGAUAUAAAACCGCAGAGGACCAUUAAACAUUUAACCCUUCCCCUCUCCAGAUCACUCAGGAAGAAGGCGAGUUUAUGAUCACAUUUCCCUAUGGCUACCACGCCGGUUUCAACCAUGGCUUCAACUGCGCCGAGUCCACCAACUUUGCCACCCUGCGCUGGAUCGACUACGGCAAGAUGGCAACACAGGUGGGUCAAUGCACACUAAACCAGAUGGUCACCCCAGAGUCCCCCACAAACACACACCACUAUAACGGACUGCCAUUUUAA